UUAAACAGUCGCUCAGGAAUGUGCGACCCCGCUGGAGACAAACUCAGGAAACUGAAAAACCUCAGAUAAUCCUGAGAUAAAAAGACUGUAAACUGCUGACUCAGCACCACAGGUCCACGACCACAGGUGCAGCGGAGGGAGCGGUUGCCUUCUGGCUCAGCUCUCUUACACACAACACUGCUCCCUUUUCUCUUGUGUGAGUGUUGCAUCUGCACCGUGUUGCGCUUCUGCUUUCGUAAAUUUCUUUCCGUUUCUGAGCUUAUUUUGGUCUGUUUUUCUUUACAUCUGUGUGUGGAGUCGGUGCAGCGCUGAGUCCAAGGUUUCAUUGUGAUUUGGAUUCCAAAGAAUGUUUGGAAAUGUUUGCCCCACUCUGUCGCUGACUCUCUGCGAGGCCCUGGGAGCCAUGAGGAUGACAUUUCCGCCUGCUGAACUUUCAGCUCCUCCACAUAGUUGUGAUCCCCUCUCGGCCUAUUUUUAGGCUGCAGCCUCGGCGACAAUGUCAUCUGUAACUGGACUCCGUCUGUUAAGUCACCGCACGCUGAAUGUCAGCUGCCAGAAUCGGACUCAGCCGUUCACACCCCCAGCAUGGCGGGACAGGCAGGACCUCCUGGGCCCGGCGGUCUGCUGGCAGUGCCGGGCCUCGGCUCAGCGGACCUGGACUCGGACGAGGAGGUGCCCGGGAUCAGGCCCAAGUCUUCCCCGCUGCCUCGCAGGAGGAGCUCUGCCAGCGAGGACGACUUCGAUCCGGAGCCGCCCCUGAGCGGGUCCAGGAGAGUUUCCUUCGCCGACGCCAAAGGCCUCAGCUUAGUCCAUGUGAAGGAGUUUGGCUGCUGGGACGUUCCUGAGCCGUCUGAGGAUCAAGAGUCGGAGGAGUGCUUCAUCUCACUGCUCACCUUCUCCUUGCCACUGCCUGAGGAGCUGCUCACCAAAGUCCAGGAGCAGAAGGUGGAGCUGGAGAGCCUCGAGGUGCUUCCUGGGACUUCCGUGCUGAGAGGGGUAGUCUGUGUCCUCAACAUCUCCUUCACCAAAGCCGUCUACGUCCGGGCCACGCUGGACUGUUGGUCCAGCCACUUUGACCUGCUGGCAGACUACAUCCCGGGCUGCAGCCAGGGGACGGUGGACCGCUUCGCUUUCAGGCUGACUCUGGCGCCUCCCUCCGUGGACCAGCACGCCAGAGUGGACUUCUGCGUGAGGUACGAGACCCCGGUGGGGACCUUCUGGGCCAACAACGACUCCAGGAACUACGUGAUCUUCUGCCAGCGGAGGAGGAGAACGCAGCGGCCGCCGAGGGAGAAGAAGAGCUGCCUCAAGUCCAACAGUCAGAACUUCUCCUCGACUGAAAACCUAUCGGGUCCAGAACCAUCGUCACCGGAACACACGCCAGCAGAGGCGUCGACUGUGGAGGCGGAGCCUGUGAACAAGGCGCCAACAACCGAGAGAAAACUCAGCUGGCAGGGAGAGGAGGCUCCGAAACCACAGACUGACAGCAGACGGAACUCCCGGCAGAGGAGUCGCAGGAAGGCGGCUCGGAUGGCUCGUGUGAGGGAACAGUUGGCUGGCAGAAGUGAGAGCGACCUGCUCACUGGACAGCUGGGAACCUCAGGGAUGAGUGAGGAGCAAACGUCUCCGGUGGAAGAAAACUCGGCACCAGACUCCAUGUUUCCGGACCAAGCUGACGCGACACGGAUCCUUGGUCCGUCUGUAGCGGAGUCACUCGCUGAAGAAAGCUCGGGCGGCAGAGACGUCCCAGCUAGCCAGAGCAUCAGCGCCACCUUCGGAACUGUGGUCGCCCCUCUGUACCGGCAGGUUUUCAUGAUGCAGCCUUCGGACCCAGAUUCAAAUCAUGUGGUGGAUCUCAGUUGCUCGUCCACUGAUGACGCAAGAACAGGUGGCUUUGGUUUAAAUGCAGAUUCUGGGAACCCCUUCCAGAGCUCCACCCCCCAGGGACACAAGGAUGAUCUGACCUUUGGCCUGACUCUGGAUAAACACUCUUCAGUAAUGGACGAAACGACAGUCCACCAUGUUCUCGUCGGUCAGGAGGAUCUCACAGUGACACCAGACUUCAGACCUAGUCCAAGUCCUUCAACUGAAGACACGAGUUUCUUCAACAACUCUGACCAUAGGGGUGGACCACAGAAGGUAACUCCAGAACCUUCUGAUGAGAAAUCUGUGAGCAACAGCCAGGAGUGGACAGAAGAUCUGCCACAAACCGAGUCCUCCUCAGAGACCAGUCCAAAUGCUGAACCGGAAACUGUCAGUCAGUUUACAUUUGGUUCUGAAGAGCUACAAAUGUCUGGACCGGCUUUAGAAGAGUCAGGUCCACCAUUAGGUGGAGCCCUGGGCAUUCAGAUAGAUAUCAGGGUAGAAGAUACUUCCACAUGCUCUUGUAAAGGAGAAGAAGAGGAAGAAGGUGGUUGGAUCAAAACUUGUGAUGGGAACUGUAACCUUCCUGAGGAGGAACCGGCUGAGGUCAAAGACUGGGAGUUGAUGGUGGCAGAAGAGGAAGAGAGCGUCUUGGUAACUAGUGGGAGGGAGUCUGAGGAGGUGGGUCCAGGUUUGAUGUCAGAGGAAGAUGGUGCUUCUGGUGAAGAGUUGGAGAUGAAGAAAGAUUCUGAGGCGAAGACGACGAGGGAAGCAGAAGAAAAAUUGACCGGUGGAGACAAUAGAGUAUCAGAGGAACGAAGCAUUCGUGGAACUCAAGUGACCAAUGGCUAUCAAGAGAAUAACAUGACCAGGGUGGAGACAUACAGCGGUGGUGCAACAGGAAUCAGCAGAGAUGAAGCGAUGACAGUCGGAGACCAGGCAGAUCCAGGCCAGAUUCUUCAGGUCCAGAACGGAGCAGAAGAAUCUGGAGAGACCUGUGGAGAAAUGAUGGGUUUGGAGACUCAGCUGGAGAUGGAAGUGGCAGAAACAACUAGUGUUCUCAAGGUCAAACAGGACCUGGUGGAGCAUCUGGAACUGUUGGGGAAGGAUGAAGAUGAGAAGAUGGCUACUGAGAAGGAAGGAGAAGCUGAAAUGCAGAGAGUUUGCAGGGAAGAACAAGAGCAAGAGAUGAUGGAGGAAGAUACAUUUGAGAGCCCAAUGGACGUAGACACCUUUGAGAAGACCAAAUUAAACACAGAAAAAUCGGAUGUGGUUGAAGAAAUGAAGGCCGUGAUGGAUCUAGAAGACCUCCAACAUGUGCUGACGGGAACUGUCUUGGACACAGCAGAUCAAACACACAGUGCAACAUUGGAGGAACACAUUCUAGAGCAGGCAGCAGCCAAAGAGCAGGUGCCAGAGGUCGAAAUCAUGAAUCAUGAAGUUUCAGCAGGAGAUGAAGGAGCUACAACCGAAGAGCCGGGGUCAAAGGUGAAACCAGAACCAUCGACUCGGACACCAGUGACUGAGCGAGGAGGUGAAGAAGAAGACCUGGUCGAUACACAGGAAACAAGCCCAAAGAAUGAAGAGGAGGCAGUAAAACAAGAAGACUUGAGUCUAGAGCGGCGGGUAAAAGAUGAAGAGGAAGCUUCAGUGAAGAGAGAAGAUCAGCAACAGUCUCAACAACGAGAAGCUCCGAGAAUCAAGACCAGGAAGUCAAGAAAGAUGAGAGGAGUUGCAGAGCUAAAGCCAGAGUCUGAUGCUCAGAAAGAGCAGAAGAUGAUCUGGUCCACACCGGAGGCAAGGUCAUCGAGUGCAGAUGAUGAACGGCAUGUUGGCGUCAGUGAUGAUGACAUGAAGAUCUGUGAAGAAGCCGGAACACUUGAGGAGAAAAUCCAAGGGACAGAGCCGGAUCAUGAGCCUGAGAAAGAGCUGAGUCGACAAGAAGUAGUGGGAGAAACCACGAGAGUCAGGAGCAGGAAGACUAAGCUGCCUAAUGAAGUGGUUGCAUCUGACUGUCCAGUACGAAAGGAAGAAGUCGGAAAAACGUUUGUGAAAAGUGAACCACAGCAGAAGACGUCAGGUCAAGAAGAAACCACAGAGAAACAGACAAAUUCAAGCGCAGGCCAUGAGCCAGAGGAUCAGCUAGGAAAAGACGAGGAUGGGAGAGGACCAUCAGCACUGGUCGACCUUCUGCAGGCUGAAAUAAGAUUCAACAAUGAGGAUGGAAAACACAGAAAGAAAGUUGAGGAGCAAAUCGUGGAAGAAAUUCUGAGGACUGACGUGACUGAGCAUAAAGCCACAGAGAGGAAGCAGGCGCUGGAUGACACCCCGAGAGUCAAAGCCAGGAGGGCAAAGAAGAGCAAAGGUGCAGGUCACAUGAAGCCUGCCCCAGAAAACCGACUGUCACAGGAGAGUCUGGAGCUCGGAGCUUCAGCAGAGGUGGGUGACGGUGAAGGAAAACACCGGACAACACAACAGGUGAAGCUGGGAGAGCAGAAGACGGGCGCCAUGUUGAAACACCAUGUCCAGACUGCAGAUCACGAGAUGAAGUCCACCUUAGCAGAAACCCCGAGAACUAAAACCAGGAUGAAAAAGACAGAGACAUGUUUGGUGGUGGGUCAAGAGCCGCAGACUUCAGAAGGUCCAGGGUCAGGAUUGAAAAGACCUGGAGCCCAGGCGGAUGAAGAACGGCUCUGCCAGGAAACACAAUCGGACAUUCUUCAAGAGGCUGAAGUGAAAAUCGGCAACAAAGAAGCUCCUGAGAGAAACAAGGAGCAAGAAGUGGGUCCAGGAAGAAGCUUGGAACAUGGUGAGGAGACGCUAAAAGAUCGAAUCAUUCCGGAGGCCGACAACAUGAGUACGCUGGGUCGAGAAGAAACCCCCAGUGUCAAGACCAGGAGGUCGAAAACAACAAAGAAAAAGCAACCGGUGGAUCAAACACACGAGUCAGAGCCUGGAGUCACAGAGAAGAGUCCUGUUCAUGAGCCGAAGCAACAGCGGGAUACAGGAGAUACUAGUAGAACAAAGUUGGCUGACAAGAUGCAGGAAAGUGUGACGGAACAUGAGUGGAGCGCUCAGAACGGAAUCAUACGCAGCAAUCCAGAAGGGAACACGGCCCCACUUGAUGUUAGCAGAGACACAGCGUGGGAUGCACAAAACACGAUGGACUUAAGAUCUGAAGAGAUGAGAGAUGACAAAGAGGAACAGCAUGGAGUCACAGACAAACCUGGAGUCCACGUCAGGAGGACCAAAGUCAUCAACAGAUCUGAACCCAGUGAGAGGAGGAUUCCAGCAACCAAAGUGGAAAAGGUAGCAGGAGAGGAAGAUCCAGAAGAUCCUAGUGCCGAGGGGUUGGAUGAAGAAACGUCCAUCACUGCAGCACCAAGACUGAGUGAGAAGAGCAGAGAAGAUCUUCACAGUGAAGGAGACACACGCAUCAGUGAGGGUCAGGGACAGAGACUUAAAACAGAGGAACCAGAGGUGAAGAUGAAUCCAGAGGUUCAGGAAGCCCCUGGCGUCGGGCAGGACAGAACAGGAAGUGCCACAGAGACUCUGGAGCUGGUCGCCACAGCUGAGGAGGGAGACAUGAAAGCGAUGACGGAGAUGGAUGAGAAGCUGCGGGCAACAGUGUUGAGACAACGAGAGUCAGAGGAAAUGACCUUGGAUCCAGAGAUGCUGCAGGCCGAGCUCAAGCCAAGACAUGAAGAGAAGCUGUUAGUGGAAAAGCCAAGAAUCAAAACCAGGAGGACGAAAACGGUCACAGAUGUUCGUCCGACAGAUAAAGCACCUGGAGGAAGCAGCAGUGACGUGACGUCGGGAAACGAGAUGGAAGGUCCAGUAGGAAGCACACAAAAUGGCUCCACUCCAAGCAAACAAGCAGCUGAAGAAGAGGUGAUGACUCAGAGGGACACGGCUGAGGUGGAUCCAAGCUCACAAGCUCCAGCGGAACAAAACCUGAUGGUGGUUGAGGAUAAGAGCAAGUUAGACAGCAAGAGUGAGACACCUAGGGUCAAAUUUCGCCAAAGCAAGACGGUCCUCAAGAGCGUGAAUGAGGAAGACAUUCUGACGGCAAACCAGGAGGCAGAGGCUUCUGCUGGAGGGAGAGGACUUCAGGGUUUGGAGAAGCCCAUGCAGCCAGUCGACAACAAAGCUGCGGAGGAGACAUUGAGGUUUGGACUGAAGACGCCAGGGGUGGAAGAAGAAGCAAGAGGGGUGGAAGAAGACCAGAAAGAGUCCAGAGUGGAGAAGACGCCGGAGCCGUUGGUCACACCGACGGAGAGUCGUCCUGCUCAGAUGAACCAUGAGGGUGAGGAGGGCUUCAUCGCUGAAGACGACGUGUGGGUGGAGUCAGAAGACCAGAUGAGCCCAGAUAGCGAGUCAUCUGAGUCGGACUCGGGCGACGAGGUGGAGCUUUACAUGCACUGCCUGCGUGUGGCUCACACCGCGACCGUCAAAGAGCCGAACCGAGACGCGGGCGCCAGCAAGAGACUGUCCGUCCGCAGGAGCAAGCUGACGUCCAUGCCCAUCAUCAGCGAGUCUCUGGAUGAGGAGCAGAACCUGGGCUGCGUGCAGGAGCAGAACCUGGAAGAGCCGCCGGCGUGCAACGGACAGCGAGACCUGGGCUGGAGCCAGAGCUUCUCGUGCAGCAGCAUCUCCAGAGGCCUCCUGUGCGCCUCUCUGUUAGGAGUGUUUGUGACUGUGGCACAGCGUUACGACUUCCUGGCCUGUCUGGGACUCUACCUGCUGUCAGUGGUUUGGCUGCUGUGCCGAGGAGAGAAGCAGGAGAAGAACGAUGGCGUUUAGCGCCCACAGGGAGGACUCUACCUCUAAACACCCUGACUCAGCAGACAGCUUGGCACUGGACCUUCAAACUCUGAUAACCUGAAGAAACCUGGAUUCAUGAAAAUCUCGUGUUGCUUUGACACGGAAAAUAAGUUCUAAAUAUCUGAAAAAAUGGACCUGAACAUCCUGAUGAUCAGCAGAAUGUUGUCAAGAAAACACGGGUCACACUGAACCUGAACCUCCCGCUGGACCAUGGAGGUGGGCAGGUUUACGACUCAAACUUUCUAACUCUGAUGUAAACAUUGUUGUCGCUGGGAUCCAAUAGGGAGGUUUGGUGUGGAGGCGUUUCUGACUCAGCGACGUCAACUUGUGGAGAUUGAACUCCAAAAGAAAAUAUUUUUUCAUAUCAACCUCACGAAGAUGGAUUGUUCCUCUUAGUUUGCUGUGCAAAUGUUGACUCCAGAAAUCUUUUGAUAAAGAUAUCAUCUUUAUUAUCUCUUUCAUCUGUGGCUUAUUUCUGUCUGUAAUUUUUCAUCUCAGUGUCCAGAGUUGUGUUUUACAGCGUGAGGAAGAAGCUUGU